AUCGGUGGCGCGCCUCCGGGGAUCAGCCGAUCAGCGCCGCCGCACAUCUACCGCCGGCGACGGCGUUCCCCAGCUGAUUCUAUCUACAAAGCAGGCCAUGGACAACAUCAAGUACCGCUUUCCUUCCGCCGCCUCUGUCGCCUGCGCAGGCUGCGGUCUCAGGCUCCUCCGUCGGAAUCGAGCUAGUUCCCUCGGCAAGCUCCCCGCCCCGCAAGCUCCUGGAGGUCUUCGACGCCGAUGAUUUAGGUUCAUCAAAGACGAGCUAAAGACGAUGCAGGCAUUCUUGGCGACUGCAGAAGCAACGAAGCACAGAGAUAUGCUACUCAAGGUGUGGGCGGAACAAGUAAGGGACCUGUCCUACAACAUAGAAGAUUGUCUGGAUGAGUUUAUGGUUCAUGUGAGGAGCCAAAGCCUGACAAAACGGUUGAUGAAGCUCAAAGAUCGUCACCGGAUCGCUGCACAAAUUCGCAACCUGAAAACAAGAGUUGAAGAAGUGAGCAAUAGGAACACACACUACAACUUAAUCAAGAUGGAGAGCUCCAGAACCAUUGAUGAGGUAGAUUCCUACUCAGAAGAUGCUCGCAAUCAAAUGUCUAGCAACAUCGAUGAAGGAGAACUUGUGGGCUUUGCCAAGACUAAGAAAGAGUUGUUUGAGCUGGUGGAUGUCAACACUAAAGAUGGUCGUGCCAAAGUUAUAUGUGUCGUUGGCAUGGGUGGUUUGGGCAAGACUACUCUUGCAAGGAAGAUAUAUGAAAGUGAGGAGGAUAUUGUGAAUAAUUUUUCUUGCUAUGCUUGGAUCACAGUCUCGCAGUCAUUUUUCAAGAUAGAGAUGCUCAAGGAUAUGAUCGCGCAACUUCUAGGUGUCGAGUCUCUGAAGAAAUGCUUGAAGGAACUUCAAGGGAAGGUGAUGCAAGUAAAGUACCUCGCCGAGUACCUCAGAGAAGAGCUCAAGGAUAAGAGGUACUUCAUUGUUCUUGAUGACUUGUGGACCUUAGAUACGUGGAGGUGGAUUGAAGAUAUUAUCUUUCCUAGUAGUAACAAGAAAGGUAGUCGAAUAGUCGUAACAAUGCGAGAUGUUGGCUUAGCAAAGGAAUGUACUCCUGAAUCCCUUAUCUAUCACCUUAAACCCUUAGAUUCAGUUGAUGCGACAAAUUUGCUUUAAAAAAGUAGGAAAUUGCAUGAAGACACGGAGAAAGAUGAGAAGUUCAGGGACUUAGUUGAACGACUAGUUAAAAAGUGUGGUUGUUUACCACUGGCUCUACUCACAAUUGGAGGUAUCCUCGCCACUAAAAAGGUUGUAGAGUGGGAGAAGGUCUAUAGCCAACUCCCCUAUGAGCUUGAGAGUAACCCAAGCCUUGAAGCAGUUAGGAGGAUUGUUAUUUUGAGUUACAACCACUUGCCACAUCUCAUCUCAAGUCAUGUUUGUUGUACCUAAGCUUCUUUCCUGAGGAUUGGGAAAUCAAGGUGAGGCGUGUAGUAGAAAGAUGGAUUGCUGAGGGGUUUGUUAGAGUGAGGACUGGGUUUAACAUUGAGGAUGUGGGAAAAUCUUACUUUAAUGAGUUGAUUAACCGAAGCCUGAUUCAAGCAUCAAGAGUAAGCAUAGAAGGAGUUGUAAAGAGCUGCCGAGUCCAUGAUAUUGUGCGUGAUUUCAUCGUCUCAAUUUCUAGAGAUGAAAAUUUUGUGUACGUGGCAGGAGAUGAUGUAACUAGUGUUACAGAGGAGACCUUCCGCCAUGUAGCAUGCCAUGGUAGCAAGUGCCAAAACAUAGACAUGGAUUUUAGCCAUGUCUGGUCAUUGACCGUUUUCGGUGAGAGGCCCUUGGUGCAAUCACUUCCAGUGAGUUCACCUGAUUUGAGAAUGCUCAGAGCCUUGGAUCUAGAGAAUGCACAGUUCCGAGUCACACAAAAAGAUAUCAACAACAUAGGAUUGCUACGCCAUCUGAAGUAUGUGAAUUUUUCUGUUGAAAUUCAUAUAUCUAUAAACUUCCAAGAUCCAUAGGGAAGUUACAAGGCUUGCUCAGUUUGAACAUAAGAGAUAGUUAUAUUACAGAAAUACCAACUGAGAUUUGUAAUCUCAAGAGCCUACAUAGUCUUUGUUGUACUAGAGCAAGCAGCUACAGAUUCUUUGACAUGGAUAAUCCUAAGGAUUGUCUGGGGAGCACAUUUUCUUUUCCAAUGGUAUUCACACCUUUGGUUCUUCCUAGUGUUCGUGCCGAGGAGGUUGCUGAACAACAGAUGGGUUGAUCUAGCUGUUGGUCCAGGUCCAUAGGUGUGAGGGUGCCAAGAGGAAUCGGCAACCUAAAAGAGUUGGAAAUAGUAGAGGUCGUGGACAUCAACCGAACCAGUAGGAAAACCGUUAAAGAGCUAGGUGGGCUUGUGCAGCUGAAGAAACUAAGGGUGUGUUUGGUAGCCUGUGUCACUAGAGAAAGACUUUCUCAUCUCAGCCAAGCUGUGUUGGAUAUUUUGGUGAUCUAGGCUGCUCUCCUAGG